AUGGCGACGCGAAGAAGUCGCAAUCAAAAUCGCGACACCGCUAAGGAUAUUAUCCUUGGAUUAGCUCCAUCCGGACAAGGUCCCAGACAACCAAAAGAGGGAGUAUCCACCUACACACCAAAGACUGAUGAUCCGAAAGUGGAACGUGUAGAAAAAGUGAUUGUCGAAAGACGUCCGGAUAGUACGGCUAUACAUCAAUUACAAAACCAGCUGGACGAGUUAAAACGGCAAAAUAAGGAUCUUUUACAAGCCGAGCAGGCUGCAAGAAAGCGUCUCGAGGCAAAUCAAGAUGCUCUUCAACGUAGAAUUAUUAGUUCUGAUAAUGGAAUAAGGGCCCGUGAUUACGAUGAACUCCGUCGACAAAUCUCAUCCGUUGAUGGAAAGAUGAUGUCAUUGAAUAACGAUAUCAAUGGAUUGAGAAGUGCUAUGGAUCGUCAAAUGAACGAUCUUCUACAUAUCAAUAAUGAAAUGAAAAGUAGACCUGUUAUAGAUCCUUCAAAAAUUGCAAAUUCAACCCAACAAAUGGAUGGAAAAGUUCGUGACUUACAUUCGCAAGUGAUGUUGCUGAAGCAGACACUGGAUACGGAAAGAAAUGAGCGUGUCAAGGAAGGGAACGCAUUCAACAGCACUUUGCAACGACUACAGGAUUUCAUCAAACAACAAGAUGCGACAAGAACAGAAGUACUAAAUAAUUUAUCCAGAAAAGGAGACAUAGAUAAGGAGAAAAUGACAGAGGAAGCAAAACGUUUAAACGAGAAAAUUGGUCUUAUCACAGCCGAAGUGACACGAAAUACAACGGAAGCACAACGAAAACUUCGUGAUGAUCUCUUCCAAAGAUGUGCGGCUCUGGAAGCUGCGCUUAAAGCACAAAGUGACAAAAGUGGGGACGUUCAUCGUGACACCAAACGAGCCAUAGAAGAACGUCUUCGCUCACAAGAAGAACAAACAGAAAACCUAAAUAAACAACUGCAGACUGAUCGUGCGAAGCAAAAGGAACGUUUUCACAAAGUUAAUGAGGCAUUAGCUGCACUUGAACAUCAUUUAGAACUUGGAAAUAAUAAAAUCGAUACGAUAAUGAAUUCAGAAAUCCAAACAAGGAAACUCCACGAAAAAAGUCUUCUAUCAAAAAUUACCGAAGUUGAGGACAAACUAAACUCUUACAUUGGAAAUCUGACAAAGUCGAUUGACGAAGUGAAAUCUGGAAAAGAUAGCGUGAAGAUUCCGUCAUUGGAUGUGGAUGCUUUACGUCGGGAAAUGGAAGCAAUAGCUGCAGAUAAAAACAAGCUCAGCAUGGAAGGACUACUGAAACUUGAGGAGAAGAUGACAAGAGUUCAAGCAGGACUUUCCCAUGAUCGCCGUGAAAUAUCGCAACAAAUCGCAAAUCUUGACGAUAGUGACGAUGUUGCUAAACUCAAGGAUCAACUGAAUAGACUAGGAGGUGUUCACGGAGAUAUGGAAAAGACUCAGGAAAGAAUUCGCGAUAAAGUGGAAAAACAAAUCCCUAAAGAUUUGAACGAAUUAUCUGCUAAAGCCGACAAUAUCAGACAUCAAUUGAAUGCACGUAUCGACAAGGAGGAAGAGGAAAGAUUCCUUGCAAUUAAAGAGUUACAAGAAGCGUUCCAAAAACUACAGAGUCGUAGUUCAAGUUUCCCCAACAACGAUCCCUUAGGUCCUGGAAGCUCGGCUCAAAUCCGACGCGAUCUGGAUGAGUGCAAAGUGGCUAUCAAGAAAUUGGCCGAAUCCGUGACAACUGUAAAAAACGUGCUUGACAGAAAAAUUACCGAUGAAAGCAAAAAGAACUCUCGAAUAUAUGUUCAACCUAAAAAACAGUAUGUUGUCAGGAAUUACAGGAACAAGCGGUUCUUCUUCUUUUUCUUAUUAUUAUUAUUAUUAUUAUUAUUAUUAUUACUACUAUUGUUAUUAUUAUUAUUAUUAUUAUUAUUAUUAUUAUUAUUAUUGUUAUUAUUAUUAUUAUUAUUAUUAUUAUUAUUAUUAUUAUUAUUAUUAUUAUUAUUAUUAUUAUUAUUAUUAUUAUUAUUAUUAUUAUUAUUAUUAUUAUUAUUAUUAUUAUUAUUAGGAAUGAGAGAAGCCGAUAUCAAUCGUCUGUCACGGUCAAUGAACACUUGA